AUGCCCAGAAUUUGUAAAGCAAGUACAACAGACGUUGUUGUUGAUCAACUGAAAGUGCUUGAACCCAAUUCACAACGCACUAGCCGAUUCAAACCCUCCAAAAGACAGACGCUGCACCGCAGAAGACAUACGAUCGAUGCCUGGAAUCACUUGAAUGGGCCUCUCACACCAUGCAGAAGACUCUCGUCAGACUGUUCCUCGUUGAAAAAGAAAGUACAGCCACCUCACAAGCGAAUCCUGGUAACUGGCGGUGCAGGAUACAUUGGCAGCCAUACAUGUUUGGAAUUGCUGAAUAAUGGAUACGAUAUUGUGGUGAUGGAUAAUAUGGUCAAUUCAAACAAAGAGGCAUUAUAUCGUGUGGAACAGCUGGCUGGUAGACCCAUCGUUUUUAUGAAGGGAGACGUUACACAUGAAUCAGAUCUAGAGGAUGUAUUCCAGCAGUAUCAGUUUUGGGCAGUGCUUCAUUUUGCUGCAAUCAAGGCUGUAGGUGAAUCGACUCGGAUCCCUUUAGAAUACUAUCAUAACAACCUGACUGGCACCUUAAAUCUACUACGAGCAAUGAAGCGACACAACAUAAAGAACCUGGUGUUUUCAUCCAGUGCCACAGUAUAUGGAGAGCCAGAAAUGAUGCCAGUAAACGAGACAGCCAGACUAGGACCAGUUACAAAUCCAUACGGGAAAACCAAAUUGUUUGCAGAAGAAAUACUACGAGAUCUUUAUGCAUCUGAUCCUGAAUGGAACGUCGUACUUUUAAGAUAUUUCAAUCCAGUGGGUGCUCAUGUAUCUGGUAUGAUUGGAGAACAUCCUCAUGGUGUACCAAAUAAUUUAUUGCCAUACGUAGUCAAAGUGCUACAAGGACAUUUGCCCUUUGUUCAUGUGUACGGCAAUGAUUACGAUACGGUGGACGGUACAGGCGUUAGAGACUACAUCCAUGUCUGUGACCUGGCUACCGGGCAUGUUGCAGCAUUGAAAAAAUUGGAGGAAAAGCCUGGAUGUAAAGCAUAUAAUUUAGGGACAGGUGCUGGAUAUUCUGUCUUGGAAAUUAUCCACGCUAUGGAAAGAGCUACACAUAAAAAGAUCCCUUACAAGAUUGAAGAGAGACGGCCUGGCGACGUUGGUACAUGUACAGCAGAUGCUUCACUAGCCAACAAAGAGCUUGGGUGGGUGCCUGCCUAUUCAAUGGAUGAUAUGUGUCAAGACAUGUGGAGAUGGACUCAACGCAAUCCUAAUGGUUAUGAUGGUGAGCUACUACUAUAA